AUGGUGAGGCCCUGUUUCUUUGAUAAUAAUGGAAUGAAGAAAGGUGCUUGGAGUAAUGUAGAAGAUGAUAAGUUGAGGGCUUAUGUUCUGAGAUAUGGCCACUGGAAUUGGCGAAUGUUGCCCAAAUAUGCUGGUUUAGCAAGAUGUGGGAAGAGUUGCAGAUUACGAUGGGUGAAUUACUUGAAACCCGGUCUUAAACGGGGGAACUUCACUAAAGAGGAAGAGAAUUUUAUCAUGGAAUUACAUAACCAACUGGGGAACAAGUGGUCUGCCAUUGCUGCAAAUUUGCCCGGAAGAACUGACAAUGAAAUCAAAAACUACUGGCAUACUCAUAAGAAGAGAUGCAAUAAACGAAAGGAAGCUGCAACCCAAGUGGAAGUAGCACAGACUAUUGAAAACCCGCCUUCUGAAAUCGAAACCCUAAAGGAAUCGGAAAAUCUAAUGCUAUCUCCCAAUACUGCCAAUUGGAUAGCACGUGACACCACGUCCUUGGAUUUAAUUUCAGUUUCCCAAGAUAACUCCUGGCCUGAAACAUUUCUACCUAUUACAUGUACCAGCCAAGGAAAUAUGUUACCAGCUGUGCCCGACCCUUUUGAACUAUCCAGUGAACUGAAUUUUAGUGAAUUAUCAUGCCCAGAUUUUUCUAUGCUGAGUGAUCUUCACUGGGUUGGAGAUGAUAGUGUCAACUCUUCAGAUUAUGGAUUCCUGGGAAAUUUCUGGAACGAACCCAAUGAAACUAAUUAUUUGUUACCAGUAGAGGAGGCCAACCCUUUUUCUCCCUAUAUUUCGUACUUCGAUGAUUUCAUGGUCAAUGUAUCCUAG